AUGGAUUCCGUCCAGUAUUUGGUCCAAGACUUGAGCCAAUCCUGGGAUUCAUUGAGUCCUGUAUUGAAGGCAUUGGAGUCUAAGUUGAAAACACAGUCAAAGGAGCAACACCUCGAUGAUAUAAAAAUGGCUUGUUUGAAUAAUGGACUUCAGAUGAUGGAGUUAAAAGUUUGUGUUCAAAUCAACAAACUGGCUGACUUUCCCGGUCCGAUGAACUUUGGUGACAUGGGUUACACCACUGAUAAGACUGACCCGAAGUUUGCGUUCAUGAAGAACAUAAUGGUUGACAUAGUAUUACGUCCGGACGCGACUGCUCUUAACCCUCACGCCUACGACCAGUUGGCCGACAAAUGGGAUCUAAACGGACCCGGAAUACCCCAAUUUGUGCCCUCAAUAGAGAUUUUAUGUUUGAAAAAUUAAAUAUUUAUCUAGAUCAUUA